CAUAAAAAAGGGUUUUCUCCCAUCUCGUGAUUAUCAUCUUCCCUAACCAUAUACAAACUAAUCUGUUUGAAUUGUUUCUUGAAAUCAAAUCAUGAAACACCGUCGUAAGGAACUCUCGGAAGAUUGCUGGGAAUUGAUUCUGAAUCGAUUAGCAAUCGAUGACUUCAACUCCUUGCAAUCCCCUUCUUUGGUCUGCAAGCAAUUCCUCUCAAUCACCGAUCGAAUUCGACUCAAAUUGGAGGCCUCCGACAGAUUGUUCUACUGAAAUAACUGUGAUGCUUUAUUCAGAUCCCUUCAACGAUUCAGAAACCUCAAAGAGAUCGAACUUCGUGAUCCUAUCUUCGGUGACAAAGCCGAUGUCAACUACCCCAUUCGAAGAAUCGCUUCUUCAGGGUUAGAUCUUCAAUCCCUCUCUCUAACUUGUUUACGAAAACCCCCAUUCUUGAAAACUUUCAUGAAAUUGGGUUCCACCAUGAAGAACUUGAAGAUUCUAAGAUGUUGUCUACUCGAGUGUCUUCGCAAUCACCACCUUGUUGCUAUAGCUGAUGCUUUACCAUGGCUUGAAGAGCUCGAUAUCCAGUUUUCCUGCUACUAUUGGAGCCCUGGGCGGGAUUCAAAUUCUAGAAGCGCAAAGUACAUGGUAACUGACGCUGGGAUCGAGGCAUUGUCGCGUAAGCUUUGGGGGUUGCGUAAAAUUGAUAUAACAGGGCAGGUUGGUUGUUUUGAUCGAUCUCUCAUUGCUUUGUCUUCAAAUUGUGUGCUUUUGAAUGAAAUUCGUUGUGGUUCAUGCAAAGUAACUGAACAUGGCAUUUGUUUUGUACUACGCCACAGUCGAAACUUGAUUUGUUUCAAAGCGGGACACUAUUACAGUUCGCCAGACGUUUCGUUCACUUUUGAGAAUUCCAUGAUUUAUGCAACAUCUUUACGUGAUCUUGAGUUAGACCCGCAUGGAAAUCAUGACCGACUAAUUUGUUCCAUUGCAGCAGCAGGCAUUCAAUUAGAGAAGAUCAUAUUAUAUAAUGAUUCUGGUUUGAGCUUACAUGGACUCUCUACUUUCUUUUGUGCAUGCCCAUCUUUGACACACUUGAUGUUUUGUUCCAUAGAUAUCCUCACCGACAAUUCCAUGAGGGAUUUAUGUCGAUAUCUUCCUAAUCUUGUGUCCAUAAAGUUUUACCAGUGUUCAAACUUAACCACUGCAAUCUUCUUCAUCCUUGUAAAAGAAUGUCCUGUGCUUUCAGAGAUUGAAAUGCCACAUAUAAAUCUACAAGUUGAAGAUAAUUUUGAUAUGGAUUUGGAGAGGAAUUAUCAAAUUAGAUCCUUGGAUUUGAGUUGUGCUCGUGUGAAUAAUGAAUUCCUGCAAAAAAUAGGGGUUGUUUGCCCCAACUUACAGACUCUCAAUGUUACAGGACUUUACACAUUGACAGAAGGCAUUGAGGAAAUUUUGAAGUGCUGCUCGCAGAUUAAGCAUUUGACAGUGGACAGAACUAGAGAAAUAGUCAUCUUAAUGGAACAGUUCAAAACUCGCAGCAUUAAAAUUGAACAUCUUUGGAAACUAGAGGAGGUCAAUGACUGAUAUGAUUUAUCUCUGGCACUUGCAUUCUGUACGUAAAGAGAGAAAGAUAGUUCUAGGGCUUAUUGGACUUGUGAAUUGAGGAGGAAGAAUUGUCAGGGCUAUUUGUUAGAAAAAAUGCCAUAUUCCCUCUGCAUAUUUCUCUGAUUUUUUGCAGUCUGAAUUUGAAAAGAAGGCUUGUAAUUUGAACUCUUAAAAGUUUUUGUAUUUUUUUUUGGGCACAAGAUAGUUGUUAGUAUGUUACUUAGAUUACAAU